AUGGCGCGGCCGCCGAACCCGAUCGAUCAGUACCGUGAGUAUGUCACGUCUCUCUACCUGAAUGGAACCUCUCGAAGCAAGAUUAAGGAUAAGCUGCAGCGCCACUUCAAUGUCACCGUUGACGACAGCACGAUCUCGCGCCGCAUUGCAAAAUGGGGUCUCCCACGACAGCAAUCCCGCACCACAGAGACACCCAAGCUGGUCGAGGCCGUCCGAGACCUUAUUUUCCGUGUUGGCCUGACCGAGAAGCAGACUCUGAGCGUUCUCCAGCGGCAAGGUUGGCCGAUCACCAGAAGCGGUCUAAAACGCAUCCGCCUUCACCCCGACCGCCGCUGGAUGCGGCGUGUCGAUAGCGAUGCCGAACGCCUCGCAUUGCUAGCAAAGACAGAGGCACUCAUAAUUGAAAUGACUCAGCGUUCCAAUGCCAUCCUAGGAUACGGCAGAAGGCUUCUGCAACCCUACCUCCGUCAGCAAAAGCAGUUGUGGGUGCCGAGAGAUCCCCUUUUUGAGAUGUACAAAGUCAUGUUUCCGAACGAGGUUGAGAUGCGGAAGAGGAUGAUGCGGAGGAAGAAGGGACAGUUCCUCGUUCCUGGGCCAAACUACCAGUGGUGCAUUGACGGCCACGACAAGCUCAAAGCGUAUGGGUUCGAGAUUUACGCUGCAAUUGAUGCCUACUCGCGCAACAUUAUCUGGUUCUAUGUUGGCCACUCUGCUACAACUGCUCUGAGCGUAUUGAAGCAGUACCUGGCUGCCUGUGAUGCCUAUGGCUUUAGACCGUGGUACUUGCAAGCGGACAGGGGCCGCGAGACGCCCUUGGUCGCAGCCGCGCAUUGGAACUUUGCUCUGGCCUCAGGCGGGCGCAUAGAAUGGAAUGGACAGGUUUUCCAGCAAGGUCAAAGAUUGAUUGACUGUUACAAGGCGGCCCCUAGCACGAAGAACGUCAAGAUUGAGAGCUGGUGGGAGCGGAUGCUUCAUGUCUCGUCACGACAAUGGGUGGACUAUUUCGGUGAGCUCGCUAGGGAUGGCGACUUUAAUGCAGAGAUGUUGGAGGACCAGAUCGCCAUGUACGCCGUAUUCGAGGAUGUACUCCGUCAAGAGCUUUUUGACUUCGUCGAAACGUGGAACCUGCACCACAUACGCCUCCAAAAGAACCGCCCACACGUGGUCCAUGGCCAACCUUGGAUGAACUAUCAUUACCCCGACCCCAGCAAGGCUUGCAAUUGGGGUGUACCAAUCGACCGUUCGAUCCUUGCCGAAAUGGAAAGGCCAGUGGCUGCACUUGACAUCAGUACAUGCUUGGAGCCGGAGACAAAAGCCUGGUGCCGCCGGAUUCUCACGGAAAUGGGUUACGACGAGGUGGUGGGUGGCCGCCACCGAGACUCUGACAAGCUUCGCCCGCUUAAACGCUCCUAUAUGGGCCUGCGUGGACGGAUCGUUGGGCACCUUGAGAGUCAGUUGUCUCCCAUACUGGCUUACCGCCGGGCACCGACAGGAGGAGUUGCAGAAUAUCAAGCAAUGCUUACCCGCGUAAACCAGGCCCAGCAAGAGGAGCUGGUAAGCGGGGAGCUAGCAGAAGAGCCACUCGUUGAGCUGGGGCACAGUGACGAAGAAGGACAUGAUAUUGAAGGUAUAAGUGAGAACAAUGGAGGUGCAGAGGACGGCGAACUUGAGGACGACGCGUCAGGCUAG